GGGUCGCGUCGACUCUGAUCCCGCUGGCCGCUGCGACGACGGGGCCCCUGGCGAAUCUCAUGUCGGUUGUUGCGCUGGUUAUCCCGUGGCGGAAUGAUAUUCUCUGGGAUCAGGAGAAUGUUGAUGGGUCGCCAGUGGAGGUUGGGUAUGAGGAUCCGAGGUGGUGCAUUGCGCUGAACGCGACGUCGCUUGUCUGCGGGAUAGUCGGGAACAUCUUCCUGCUGUGCAACUUUACCCGCGUGGUGCGGUAUAUCAUCGCGCUGCCAAUGUCCAUCUUUUUAUGGCUGGUGUCAACCGCCAUCGUGCGUAUUCCCGCAUGCCCCAGUCGAAGGAGAACCCUAGCCUUACUUGCCCCCAGCUCGUCGGCCUAACCGCCUCAAUGUCCAUCUACGAGUCCCCAGUCGCCCCCAACCAGACCUUCUCCCAAGCCUACUGGAGCGCUGUCAUCUCCGCCGCACUGUACUUCCUGCUCUCCAUGAUGCUAAUAAUCAAUAUGCUCGGCUACUUCCUGGGCCACUACCCGCAGAAUUUCGUGCUGACAGAUGACCAGCGGACGCUGAUUCUGCAGACGUUGGGAUUCAUCGUGUGGUUGGCUAUCGGCGGCGCGAUCUUUUCACAGGUUAUUGAUAUCGACUACGCCGAUGCCGUGUACUUUUCCAACGUGACGAUUCUGACGCUGGGCUUUGGUGAUAUUACUAGUCCGGAUCCUAUUGCUCGGGGUCUUAUUUUUCCCUAUGCGGUGAUUGGAAUGGUGAUGCUUGGUCUCGUUGUUUCGAGUAUCCAUCGCUUCGCGCAGGAGAUACACCGCGAUAACGUCGUGAUGAACCACAUCAAGCGCAAGCGCAAGGCCGCCGUCCGACGCUCCGAAUCGCAGUCCUCAACCCAAGGAGAGUCCUCCCAGGACACGCAACUCACAUACCGCCAACGGCACACUCGCCACAAGCCCAUAGUAAGCCGAAUCACGAACCCCUUCUCGCGAAAUUCACAAGACCGGCACGCACGCCUCUCCCUCCUCCUCGAAGAGAAAGCCCGCUUCGACGCCAUGCGCGCCAUUCAAAACGAAACCGCGCGCUUCCGGCGCUGGACCAGCCUCGUCAUCAGCAUCGCCGUCUUCGGCGUCGUCUGGACGUGCGGCGCGCUCGUCUUCUGGGCGCUCGAGGACGGCAUGACCUACUUCACCGCGCUGUAUUUCGGGUUCUGCUGCCUGCUGACGAUUGGGUAUGGGGAUGUGACUCCCACGACGAAUGCGGCGCGGCCGUUUUUUAUUGUCUGGUCGCUGCUCGCCAUACCGACGAUGACGAUGCUUAUUUCGAGGAUGAGUGAUACGCUUGUCCGCGCGUAUAAUCGCGCGACGGGGGUUGUUGCGACGUGGACGUUUGUGUUGCCGACGCAGGGGCAGUGGGGGGUUGUUAGGGGUGGGGUGCCGAGGGUUGGGAGGGGGUUGUUGCAUCUGUUUACAAAGAGGCCGUCGCACCAGGCUACGCUUGAAAAGAGUGCAGAGAUGGAGAGGAAAAGCGCAGAGCUCGAGAAGGGCCCGAGCAAAUCCCAGUCCCUUCCACCCCCACAAUCCUCAACCAAUCCCCUAUCCCUCGAAGACUUUGCCCGGAACCCGAACCCCUCCUCGCGGGAGCUCGCACAACAACUCGCACAAGCGAUCCAGCAAACGGUCAGAGACGCAUUAUCCGGCGAAGCCAAGGAAUACACCUACGAAGAAUGGGUCGGGUUCACGCGGCUGAUCCGGUUUACGAGUCCGCGCCGGGCAGCAGAAGCGGAAACAGAUGGGGCCGGCGGGAUGGUUCUCGAUGAGGACGAGUUUGGUGUUCUGAGCUGGGAUUGGAUCGGGGAGCAGAGUCCCCUCCUUGCGGAGAAGACGGAGCCGGAGUGGGUGCUUGAUCGGCUGUGUGAGAGUUUGUUUAGGUAUGUUGCUAUGCAGGGGGAGGGGAAGAAGGAGGAGGAGGGUUGACAGGUCGGUAAAGACUGGUGCGGUGAGUUUUUGGUGAGAGCUUUGGAUAGCUUCCAACACUUUUUGGACUGCUGCGUCAGGCGACUCUCUUUUACCGGCUACUUGGACUAUUCGAUAACUCAAAGUAAUGAGAAAAUCGACUGGUAAAUAUCCAGAUACUCGACAUCGUAAAACGAGAGGC